GCAUUGGGAAUGAAAACUUUAACUUCUUUUUUUGUUUCAAACAUUUUUAAUGUCCAAGAGCUUCCGCCAAAUCGAAAAUUCGAUAUUUAUUAUGGUUCGCUAUCGAUAAUUAACAGCUCUCGUUCGCUAUUGUCGCAGCGUUGACAAUAGCUGAAAUUAACGGAUAUAUAUAAUAAAAUUCGCAAAUAAAGUUAAGUUCCGCCGCCUUUUUGCAAAUGUAUGAAACAGUCAGAAGGAGACACCUCUGAGCUCCUCUAAAGCUAUGCUUUAUUGUUUCUCCAUUUAUCUGUAUCUGGAAUAUCUGCACUUCUUGGGAUUCUUUACCGAAAGCACUGCAAGGGUUUCUGAGUGCAUUAAGUUGAAUUCAAAAGGUGUUCUGCUGCUCAGCUUAAUAUAAUGAAAAUGACCUCAGUGAUAAAAAUUGUAUUCAGCCUUAAUUUGCUAGCUUACGUUGUUUCCUCAACUUCCGUGAUUAAAGUGGGCGCACUAUUUCCAAAACUAUCCAAGCAACAAAGUGAUCCAGAAGUAGCCUUUCAAUAUGCUGUACAUAGACUCAAUCAUGACAAGAGUGUGCUGCCUGAUACCGACCUAGUACAUCAUAUUCAAUACAUUGCUAAGGACUCUUUUGAGGCUGUUCAAAAAGUAUGUAAUCUUAUCGAAGGCGGAGUACAGGCUAUAUUUAGUCCAACAGAUUCUUUUUUGGCCACCCAUAUUAAUUCCAUAUGCGAUGAUCUUGAUAUACCAGAUAUUGGAAUUAGUCGAUCCGCCCAAAAAUUCUCCAUAAAUGUUCAUCCCUCGCAGCAACAUAUCAAUCGAGCUUUCAUCGAUGUUAUACGAUAUCUAAAUUGGACAAGGUUUGGAAUUUUAUAUGAAAAGGACCACGGUAUAUUAGUAUUAAAUCAAUUUUCGCGGUCAAUUGAAGCAGAGGUGCAUAUAAGACAGGUAUCGCCUGGUUCGUACCUGUCAGUUCUUCACGAGUUCAAAAACAAUGAAAUUCACAAUAUCUUAAUCGACACUAACUCGGCUGGAAUUUCAAUUUUAUUAAAAAAUAUUCUUCAGCAACAAAUGAAUGAGUAUAAAUUCCACUACUUUUUUACAAGUUUCGACUUGGAAAAUUUUGAUUUGGAGGAUUUUAAAUACAACUUUGUGAAUAUAACAUCAUUUCGACUGGUUGAUAUGGGCGAUGUAGCGGUAAAAGAAAUUCUUAAGGGAAUGGAAUUAUUCGAUAUUGGAAAUUUAAACCGAAACGAAUCAACUUAUAAAUACAAGAAAACCGUUAGUAUUCAGACAGAAGCAGCUCUGAUGUUUGACUCAGUUUAUGUAUUUGCCAUCGGGUUGCAGUCUAUGCACCCCUUAAUUCACCUAUCAAAUUUGACUUGUGACGAUGAAGUCCCGUGGAACGGAGGCCUGAGCUUGAUCAAUUAUAUUAAUGCGGUUGAAUGGAAAGGUCUAACGGGGCCUAUACAAUUUAAAGAUGGUCAACGAAUUCAAUUUAAGCUCGAUUUAAUCAAAUUAAAGCAACACUCCAUCGUAAAAGUAGGCGAAUGGACGCCUCAAGAUCAUCUUAAUAUAACGGAGCCCUCAUUAUUUUUUGAUGCUGGUUCUAUGAAUGUGACUUUAGUUGUAAUUACAAUAUUGGAAACGCCGUACGUAAUGAUGCGUUACGGUAAAAACUACACCGGCAAUGAACGCUUUUAUGGCUUUUGUGUCGAUAUAUUGGAAACAAUAUCGCACGAGGUCGGGUUUGACUACAUACUAGAUUUAGUUCCUGAUAGAAAGUAUGGAGCCAAAGAUCCCGAAACAGGCCAAUGGAAUGGAAUGGUCGCUCAGCUAAUGAAAUAUAAGGCGGACUUGGCUGUUGGGUCUAUGACAAUCACCUAUGCAAGGGAAAGUGUUAUAGAUUUCACAAAACCAUUUAUGAAUCUAGGCAUCAGCAUUUUGUUGAAGGUGCCCACCACAGAACCAACUCGACUGUUUUCUUUCAUGAAUCCAUUAGCUAUUGAAAUAUGGAUUUACGUUUUAGCGGCAUAUUUACUUGUCUCGUUGACCAUAUAUUUGUUGGCAAAAUUAUCUCCGAUCGAAUGGCGUAGUGUACACCCGUGCGAUGUGGAUCACGUAACAAUAAUCAACCAAUUUUCGAUAUCUGAUAGCUUUUGGUUCACUAUUGGAACGCUUAUGCAGCAGGGAUCCGAUAUAUAUCCAAGAGCCGCAUCUACCCGAAUUAUUAGCAGUGUUUGGGGUUUUUUUUCCCUUAUUAUAGUUGCCUCAUAUACCGCCAACUUGGCGGCAUUUUUAACUGUCGAGCGUAUGAUUAACCCGAUUGAAAAUGCUGAAGAUUUGGCUAGCCAGACGGAAAUCUCAUACGGGACCUUGGAAAGUGGAUCAACAAUGACAUUUUUUCGGAAAUGCUUUCAAGUCGGAGCGAGAGCUGGUUCCGGACAUACAACGUGCGGUAAGAAUCGUAGCACGGAUUCGAUUAGGAUUUUCUCGAUUUUUCUUGCCGCUUCGACCCUUCUGCAAUUGUAGGAUACAACUCGCAUUAGGAAAGACUUCAGAUUGUGACUAAGGUCGUUUUUAAAUGGCAUAAAUGCGACACACUGACUACGCUAACCCAGUCGAUUAUCCCGCCCGACAUGUUGACACCUAUCAUGCCUGCGUAUCAAAGAAUCUACGGAAUUAUGGAGCUACCACAGAAUACGGGUUUUUCACCUAGGAUGUCAGAGGUCGUCAACGGGAUUGUAAACCAGGACACGGAGGUAGAGUGUGGAUGUUGAAACUGUGAAGGAAAAGGACUUUUCUCGAAGGAAUGCUGCAGCGCACAAAGGUUGGUCGGCUGGGAAUUGUGGACUUCAAGGCACUACUGGUAGCUGUCGCCAAAUGGGGCCGGAAACGGUCAACUUCUCCGUCUGCUCGGUGACCGGUGACCAAGAUUCUAGUGACUAUUGAACAUACAAGGAGUGGCGCUAAGUGGCUAAGUGGCUAAGUGGUCGGUCAUUAGCGAGCGAAUAGCGCGUAUCUUUGGGACGGAAUGACAAAACAUGGCUCACACUGACGGACGGACCGUAUAUGCAACCGCCGUUUGAUUUUACUUAACGACAAGGAUACCGCUAAACAUAGAAGAGCCCGCCGACCUCGUAGGAACAGUGCAGGCCAGUAUCAAUUGAACGAAAUUGACCCCACUGGAAAACUACCCGAUUAAGCCUUCCGAGUUAGUUAAAGCCGCCAGAAACCGCCUUCGCCAACGAAUAGGAUGGGGACAAAUUACUCGGGCAAUACCUUGGAGCUACCCUCUGCAGCAGCCGCUACAUUCCUUUCGAUUCCUUUCGGAAACCAAGUCGCAUAACCCAACCAGGGGGAAACUGCUUCCGAGCUGCAAUGUCAGCCGCCGCUUGUUUGGGAAGUUUGAAGCUUGAAAUGGCCCAGAUCGCAGGGCACUUAGGAGUACCGCAUAUCGCAGCUCCAAAAGUAAUAAUGAAGGACGAUAAACCAGCGACCAGGUUGUUAUUGCCUUAUCCAAUCGAUUAUAAUAAUAGAACCCUUGCGGAAAUUUCUCCGGUAAGCGAAAGAUUCAGCAUAGUCAGUUUUCGGAAGCAGAGGAAGAAGUUCUGGUCGCAGUCUAGCCCAAAUUUGUUUAUUUGAUUUGAUUAUUUCACCAUAAAUUAUU